AUUUCAUGUAUCAACCCUCAGACAGAGAGAAGAUUGAACUUUACAUCUCAGCUCGUAAGCUUGCCAACAUGGAUGUCAUAUCAGACAGUGAUCCAAAGUGCAAGAUCUUCGUAAGAGACAUUAAUGGAGGAGAAAGAUAAAUUGGCUAAACCGAAGUCCUUAAAAAUAACCUUAAUCCCGAUUGGAAAGUAAUGAAAUUCCAUAUUAGACAACCAUUCAAAUGGAUUUCAUAUUCGAGAUUAAAUAAGAGCUAAGAUUUGAGGUUUGGGACCAUGAUGAUGGAACCAUUGAUAAAGAUGAUUUAAUUGGUGUUGUCAAUGUAUCCUAUUAGCAUAUUAUUAUAUAGACGACAGUUGGAGAAAUUAUGGGAUCUAGGAAUUAAGUUUAUACAGGAUAGUUGAAAUUGAAGAACAAAGCAACAGGAACUCUUUUAAUUAAGGGUGAUAAAUUGAAGGAUGACAAUAGAUUCAUUUUCUGGUAAUGGGAAGGCAAAAAAAUAAAGAAUGUAGAUGGUUGGUUUGGCAAUUCAGAUCCCUUUUUGAGAUUUUAUAAAUAGUCAGGAAAUGAUUGGUUGUUUAUUCACGAGACUGAAUUUUGCAAGAAUAACGAAAAUCCACAUUGGAAACCAUUUGAAAUAUCGAUGAGUAGAUUGAAUGCUGGAAAUACAUAAUAAUAAAUAAAGGUGGAAUGCUGGGAUAAUCAAACAAAUGGAAAACAUCAAUACAUUGGUGAAACAUUAUUCACAAUCCAUCAAAUUGAGAAUGAACUCAAAAGAGAAUUCAUAUCUCUUUCUAAGAAAGGCGUAUUAUGUCAAUAAUUAUUUGAUAGAGUAAUCAUGGUGUGUUAUAAUUAAAAUAAUUUUCUUUAUUUACAAAACCUUCCUUCAUUGAUUAUAUUAAAGGAGGAGAGUAGAUUAAUUUGAUGAUUGCUGUAGAUUUCACUGGUUCUAAUGGAGAUCCCAAAUUUCCAAACUCCCUACAUUACAAUAAUCCAAAUCAAAUGAACCAAUAUUAAUCUGCACUUUACUAGGUCUCAGAAAUAUUAUUGAAUUACGACUUCGAUAAGAAAAUACCCAUGUAUGGAUUUGGUGGAGUACCCCAUUUUCCUAAUUAUACAAAAAAUUAAGCAGAUCACUGGUAUUCAAAUUGAGUCUAUUCCUAGCUUUCCUUUGACUGGUAGUUUCUAAUAACCGGAGGUUUUUGGUCUGGAAGGAAUUAUGGCUUAAUAUAGCGGAGCACUAUAAAAUGUCACCUUAUCAGGACCAACAUAUUUUGCCCCAAUCAUUUAAUACGCUUGUUAAACAGCAUAACAAAAUAUAAACUAAAAUAUUUAUACAGUUCUAAUGAUACUGACAGAUGGAGAGAUUCAUGACAUGAAUUAGACAACACAAUUGAUAAUUGGUGCUGCAAAAAUUCCACUUUCAAUAAUUAUCAUUGGAGUUGGAGAUGAAUAGUUUUAAUAGAUGAGAACGCUUGAUGGAGAUAGCGGUCCAUUGAAAGGUUCAUCUUCAAGAGAUCUGGUCUAAUUUGUACCAUUUAGAGAUUUUAAAUAAUAAGGAGAGUUAGCAAGAGAAGUGUUAGCAGAACUCCCAAAUUAAUUAGUUACCUACAAACAGCUAUUAGGACUGCAACCAAUAAAAGCUCCAGAUAUUCAUCUAAGUCAAUUGGGAUGAAGAUGAUAAAAUAUAAGUCAAAUAGUAUAAUAUAAU